AGAUAACACGAGAUGUGGGAUCAAAAUACCGCGAAGAUUUGGUGUAUCUGGCCGUGCAGAAAGUAUUAACAAUGACAUCCUGUGUGAAUAUGACAAAUUUAUCUCCAGAUUUAUGCAACAAAGGACAAUUACAGAUUAUUUUUGGUCCAAUGUUCUCUGGAAAAAGCACAGAACUUAUCCGAAGAAUGAAAAGAUACCAGAUAGCCAACUACCAUUGCCUCCUUAUUAAAUAUGCUAAUGAUGUCAGAUAUGACAAAGGAGGCGUGGCCACUCAUGACAGGCAAAUAUUACCAGCAGUUGCUGCCACCAAACUGAAGGAUCUUGAUGAUAUGGCAAAGCAGGCAGAGGUGAUUGGUAUUGACGAGGGACAGUUUUUUCCUGAUGUGGUAGAUUUCUGUGAAGACAUGGCAAACAAGGGAAAGGUUGUCAUUGUGGCAGCACUAGAUGGUACUUUUCAAAGAAAGGGAUUUGGGGAUAUUUUGAACUUGGUUCCACUGGCAGAAAACAUCAUCAAGCUUAAUGCUGUAUGCAUGAUAUGCUAUGGGGAUGCAUCUUAUACCAAGAGGAAAGGAAAUGAAACUGAGGUAGAGGUAAUUGGUGGAGCAGACAAAUACUUAGCCGUCUGCCGUGCUUGUUUUCAGUCACCUGUCAAAGAGUCUCCAAAGCGUUCAAAUAAAACACCAUUUUGCACACCACAGCAGACCAACCCCUUGGCACGCCAACUUUUCCAGUCCAAGGAAAAUACAUUACCAAUGGAUUUUACUAGCUGAGACUGAAAUUAAUUAAAAAUAAUUCAUUGUAUUUCACUAAUAUAUUAAUAAUAAUAAUUAUUAAUUAUAAUAAUAAUAAACUUUAUUUAAUGACGGUAAAACAUUGUUAACUUAUCUUACACAUGGUUGUAAGUGCUAACAGUGCUAACAUUCUUCCUUAAUUAAGGACAUACUAACAAUGUCUAUAUUAUGCAUAUUUUAGGUCUUGAAAAGUAUACAUAAUAAUGUUUUGUGCAUAUUUAUAUUUUAGAUUUGUAAUUGAGAUUUGAAUUCUAUUUCCUUGUGUGGAAGAAUCUUGAAUCAUUUUAUUGUUAUUCAAUUGAAAUACCAAUACUAGAGGAAGUAAAGAUAGCAGCAAGCAGAUUAAAUGCUGGCAUUUCUGUUCUGUUGUGUUUUGAAAACUUCAGCAACCUUGUCCAGAACCAAAUCUUGUCUGAGCGAUAUAUGAAGAACCAUUACUGCCUCUGUUAUACUUGGUCGUUGGACCAGGUGACAAACUUAUGUAGAUCUAUACGUACCCCAUGCACUGUCAAGGUGUUUUCAGUCAAUUGGUGACCUCCAUGUUUGAGACUUAGUUGAAAUGUUUAUAUUUUGACUAAAUUUUUCAGUUUAUUUUGAAAAAAAGAGAGUCUAGUAUAUAUUCCCAUACCAUAGAUCUUUUAGUUCAGCAUUUGUUUUAACCAAAUUCACAAAUUUAAGAAUGAAAAAAAGUAAAAUUUUAAAACUUUUUAUUCUACUGACAUCAGUAAAAGAUUGGUUACAAUAUUUAAAGCAUGUUGCUGUUCAGUUUGAAAUAAAAUUUGGACUUGAAAAAUGCUUAAGGAUUAUCCAAACACUUUAUGUUUAUGUCCAUUGUUAUUAUUAAAGAAAAUAAAAAUUGUGCUGAUAAUGACACUUAUAAAAUGUUUCUCUGUGAAUCACAAACAGAUUUAGGUUGAUAAAAUUAUUGCUGGAUAUCUAUGUAAUUUUAUAAAAUGGACAUUUUGAAAACUUAUGGAAAAACUUGCACCACAGAAUGUCUGACGCUAAAAUACUUGUCUUUUCCCAUUCACAAAAAGGAAAAAAUCCCACACUGUAUUUUUACUGGCUGUAGUACUUGUAAUAAAUUGCAUCAAUAAUCGUUAUUUGCUUGGUAUUGAGCAAAUAUAGAAUAUAUAAAUUUACCAGUUGAGAUUUACGGUUAUGCCCCCUUCAAAGAAGCUGGGGUAUACUGCUGUGGUUUGUCCAUAACCAAACCUUGUCUGAGCAAUAUAUGAAGAACGGUGUAGUCUACGGACCUAUGGUCCUUAACUUUGGUAGGCAAAUUCGUCAUCAAAUGUAGGUAUCUCUUAUACAUUAAGGCUAGAAGGUCACAGGUAUUUUUUUUUUUUUUUUUUUUUUUGGCAAAACACGAUCCAUCAACAGGUUUACAGUGAUAUGUUUAAGACUUGCACAAGGUUAUUUUUAGUAACAACUCUGGACUGCAAGGUAUUGAGCCUGUGCUGUGACUGAUUUUUCCAUUUUAUCUUUUAUUUCUGUGUUGUCUCCCAUACUUGUUCUGUUGCAUUCAAUUUUACAACCCUUUUUCUUCCACUCAUAAAAAUGAAUAAAUAAAAAAAUUGAACAUUUUUAUUGUGCUGGCAUUAGUAAAACGUUGAUUGUGCACCCAUAAAAUGUAUAAAGAAAAACUUUUAAACAUUUUUAUUAUGUUGGCAUCAGUAAAACAUUGACUGUGCCAAAUAUAAUUAAAAGCUUGCUGUCCUUCUAUUAAAAUAUUUUUAAUUGGGAAUCUUAAAAUACAAAGGAUGAAUUAUGUCCAAUACUUAAUUAAAUAAAGUUAAAUUAAUGCUGAUAACCAUGCUGUGAGCAGUAACAGAAUACUUUGUGUUUGUGAUUAUUUAAGUUACUCUAAUUUGUGCUCAUAAUAUUAAAUAGAAAAUAUACUUAAUGCAAUAGAAUAUAUAUAU